AAGAUGARGCUGCCUUGGCCCCAUCCACAUGAGGUUGGCUGAAAAAAAUUUACAGAGCGGAACCAAAAGUACUAUUCGCUAUAGUGCAGUGGCAUCAUAUACGCGUUGUACAUUUAUUUGGUCCUGUCAUGUUUUGCUUCCGUGUGGGAACAACGCUCUUGUGCCUUCCUGGGUUAGGAUUUACAUGUUGACAUUUCUGRGUGAAAUGGGUAAAAAUACUGAACCGUCGGUAGCUAUAUAGUUGGUAGACUUGCAGCUAAUUAGCUUACUGUGAACGUGCGUUUGAUGGAAUGCUUUUUUAAAUGUAAUACGUUAAUUAGCUAGGUAGCUAGCUAGCUAACAAAAUGUUAACCAGGCUUGGAGUUUUUGGUUAUAUGAACAUUGUCAAAACACUUUGCACUAGUACAAAUAGGUACCUUCAAGGCUUCYCCUCGGAUAAUGAUAUAAAGAACUUUAUUAUAGAAAACACUGAGAUAGUAAGAAAGCAUAACUUYACCCCAGAAAUCCAUUUGAGACUGUUCACCCCAAAUUGUCGGUUUUGGCAUGCAAGACCAGAACUGUGGCCUUUCUCUGACCCAUUCUGGGCAAUAUACUGGCCAGGGGGACAAGCACUCGCCAGGUAUCUAUUGAGUAACCCUGGAGUGUCGCAUGGCAAGAGAGUGUUAGAUCUGGGGUGCGGCUGUGGAGCCUCUGCUAUAGCUGCCAAGUUCUGCGGUGCUUCUCAUGUAGUAGCCAAUGACAUUGACCCUGUUGCAGCCAUCGCGACCCAGCUGAACUGUGAGCUGAAUGGCCUGAACCCCCUCCCUUGUGAUACGGAGAAUGUGAUUAGUUCAGAGCCCAAGGAAUAUGACCUCAUCCUCCUGGGAGACAUGUUCUAUGAGGAGGUGUUGGCAGACAGCCUUCACAGCUGGUUAAACUGCUGCAUCCAGACCCACGGGACACAGGUCCUGAUAGGAGACCCGGGGAGGGCCCAGUUUGAAGGACAUGGCAUCAGGAGGCUCCUGCGUCAGGAGGCUCAGUUUGAACUGCCUAAAGCUGUCAGAGAGGAGAACUAUGGACUGACCUGCAGCACUGUGUGGCGCUACCUGCCUGAACUCUGACAGACAUCUUUCACAAAACCAUAUUUGUAUGUGCUUUAGAGCACUCGUGACACUUGACAUAUGAUUGUGGAAUUGAUAUCAGCAAGUGCCUGGCAUUGACACAAUCAAAACUUGUCUAUCUUCUUUGCCAUGAAGUCAAAUGUACUGUCGUUAAACAACCACCUCUUUUGACAUCUCAAACCUAACCGUAUCUCUUUUAUACAAAACCCUUCAAUAAUGCCACAGUAGUAUGGGGUGUUGUCUGAACAACAAAGUUGUACACAGAUCUAUGAAUUGAAAAUGACAAGUAACAAAUGUAAUACAGUACAUAUUUCAAAUGCAAUCAAUCACAUCUGUGUAAACAAUAAAGCAUGUAAACUUA